CCUAGUGUUCUCUGUGCAACUGUUGCAAUAUACACGUCACGAAUGGAAUGACCAUUGAUAAAAAAUAUAAAAUAUUUCUAUAUUUAUAUUUACUACUUUGAUUUUGCAACUAAAUACGGUAAACAAGAAGCAAAAGAAAUAAUGGCUUCGAUACCGUUAAUGUACGCGCAGGAGGACUGUGAACUUGGUGGAAAAGAAACAAUUGAGGAUGAUUUUGCAUACCGCAAUAAUGUGAUGAAUGCAGACAAGGAUAUUCGUCUCGCAUUCAUCCGGAAGGUGUAUGGGCUGCUCACAAUCCAAUUGCUAGCUACAUUUGCAAUUGCAGCCACAUUUACUCUUGUAGAACCUGUCCAGGCUUUUAUUCAUAAAAAUGACUGGCUGGUGUUCAUUGCUUUCAUCAUGAGCAUGGUCACGUUGUUGGCAUUGAUUGUAAAAAGACGAGACACCCCCGCAAAUCUCUAUCUGUUGGCAGCGUUCACUAUAGUUCAAGCAUACACAAUCGGCGUGGUGGUCUCGUUUUACAAUACAGUGGUGGUGUUGCAAGCACUCGGCCUAACAUUCACUGUUGUCUUUGCUCUUACGCUGUACACACUUAACACUAAAAGGGACUUCUCUUUUGUUGGAUAUGGUCUCGUGGCCGGCCUCUGCGUCUUGAUCAUUGGAGGUUUGAUUCAGAUCUUCCUCCAGAGCUCCGUCUUCGAAAUAGCGUUAUCCUUCGUGGGAGUCGUACUUUUCAGUUUGUUCCUUAUCUUCGACACCCAGCAGAUGAUGACCACGCUCUCCCCGGAGGAGUAUAUCCUGGCCACUAUUAAUUUGUAUAUGGAUAUUCUGAACCUAUUCUUAUACAUUCUGCGACUUCUAAAUGAACUCAACAGAAACUAGAGCAUAGUGAAUUAGAUGGUAGAUUAAAAUCUCGCAUUAGGGGCUAUCAGUAAAUUAAUUUACAUGAAUUUUUGACCUUUGUCAUGUUCCUGUCAUAGCUGGUUACAUUUCAGACUCCCCCUCCCUAGUGUGACUUAAUAUAUUUUGCAAUUUU